AGGAGACAACGUCCGAGUUUGAAUCAACUUCUGUGUUAACGACAGGUCAGGCACCAACAACAGUACCUGAAACAACUGCUGUAACUACUACCACACUAUCACCAGCAACAUUGCUUGAGAAAACAUCUGAGAUUUUCCCAACUUCUGUACAAAGUACCACUCAAGAAACAUUACCUGAGACAACUUCUGAAUUCCUGACAAGCACUACAUCUCAGUCACAAACAAUAUUACAGGAGACAACCUCUGAGUCUGAAUCAACUUCUGGGUUAACGACAGGUCAGGCACCAACAACAGAACCUGAAACAACUGCUGCACCAACUAUGAUACUGUCACCAACAACAAUGCUUGAGACGACAUCCGAGAUUUUCACAACUUCUGAACCAAAUACCACUCAAGAAACAUUACCUGAGACAACUUCUGAAUUCCUGACAAAUACUGCAUCUCAGUCACAAACAACAUCACAGGAGACAACCUCUGAGUCUGAAUCAACUUAUGGGUUAACGACAGGUCAGGCACCAAUAACAGUGCCUGAAACAACUGCUGUAACUACUACCACACUAUCACCAGCAACAUUGCUUGAGAAAACAUCUGAGAUUUUCCCUACUUCUGUACAAAGUACCACUCAAGAAACAUUACCUGAGACAACAUCUGAAUUCCUGACAAGUACUGCAUCUCAGUCACAAACAACAUUACAGGAGAAAACCUCUGAGUCUGAAUCAACCUCUGGGUUAACGACAGGUCAGGAACAAACAACAGAACCUGAAACAACUGCUGUACCAACUACGACACUGCCACCAGCAACAUUGCUUCAGACAACAUCUGAGAUUUUUAUAACUUCUGUACCAAGUAACACUCAAGAGACAUUACCAGAGACAACUUCAGAAUCCUUGAUUAGUUCUACAUCCCAGUCACAAACAACAUUACAGGAGUCAACCUCUGAGAUUGAAUCAAGCUCAGUGUUAACGACAGGUCAGGCACCAACGACAGAACCUGAGACAACUAAUGUACCUUCUACCACACUGUCACAAACAACACUGCUUCAGACAAAAUCUGAGAGUCUAACAGCUUCUGAACCAAAUACCACUCAAGAAACAUUACCUGAGACAACUUCUGAAUUCCUGACAAGUACUGCAUCUCAGUCACAAACAACAUUACAGGAGACAACCUCUGAGUCUGAAUCAACCUCUGGGUUAACGACAGGUCAGGAACAAACAACAGAACCUGAAACAACUGCUGUACCAACUACAACACUGCCACCAGCAACAUUGCUUCAGACAACAUCUGAGAUUUGUAUAACUUCUGUACCAAGUAACACUCAACAUACAUUACCAGAGACACCUUCAGAAUUCUUGACAAGUACUGCAUCUCAGUCACAAACAACAUUACAGGAGACAACCUCUGAGUCUGAAUCAACUUCUGGGUUAACGACAGGUCAGGAACAAACAACAGAACCUGAAACAACUGCUGUACCAACUACGACACUGCCACCAGCAACAUUGCUUCAGACAACAUCUGAGAUUUUUACAACUUCUGUACCAAGUAACACUCAAGAGACAUUACCAGAGACAACUUCAGAAUCCUUGAUUAGUUCUACAUCCCAGUCACAAACAACAUUACAGGAGUCAACCUCUGAGAUUGAAUCAAGCUCAGUGUUAACGACAGGUCAGGCACCAACGACAGAACCUCAGACAACUGAUGUACCUUCUACCACACUGUCACCAACAACACUGCUUGAGACAAAAUCUGAGAGUCUAACAGCUUCUGAACCAAAUACCACUCAAGAAACAUUACCUGAGACAACUUCUGAAUUUCUGACAAGUACUGCAUCUCAGUCACAAACAACAUUACAGGAGACAACCUCUGAGUCUGAAUCAACUUCUGGGUUAACGACAGGUCAGGCAACAACAACAGAACCUGAAACAACUGCUGUACCAACUACGAUACUGUCACCAACAACAAUGCUUGAGAUGACAUCUGAGAUUUUCCCAACUUCUGUACAAAGUACCACUCAAGAAACAUUACCUGAGACAACUUCUGAAUUCCUGACAAGCACUACAUUUCAGUCACAAACAACAUUACAGGAGACAAAGUCUGAGUUUGAUUCAACUUCUGGGUUAACGACAGGUCAGGCACCAACAACAGAACCUGAAACAACUGCUGUACCAACUAUGAUACUGUCACCAACAACAAUGCUUGAGACGACAUCUGAGAUUUUCACAACUUCUGAACCAAAUACCACUCAAGAAACAUUACCUGAGACAACUUCAGAAUUCCUGACAAGUACUGCAUCUCAGUCACAAACAACAUUACAGGAGACAACCUCUGAGUCUGAAUCAACUUCUGGUUUAACGACAGGUCAGGCACAAACAACAGAACCUGAAACAACUGCUGUAUCAACGACUACACUGCCACCAGCAACAUUGCUUCAGACAACAUCUGAGAUUUUCCCAACUUCUGUACAAAGUAACACUCAAGAAACAUUACCUGAGACAACUUCUGAAUUCCUGACAAGCACUACAUCUCAGUCACAAACAACAUUACAGGAGACAACGUCUGAGUUUGAUUCAACUUCUGGACAACGUCAGGAGACAACGUCUGAGUUUGAGUCAACUUCUGGUUUAACGACAGGUCAGGCACGAACAACAGAACCUGAAACAACUGCUGUAUCAACGACGACACUGCCACCAGCAACAUUGCUUCAGACAAAAUCUGAGAUUUUUACAACUUCUGUACCAAGUAACACUCAACAGACAUUACAAGAGACAACUUCAGAAUCCUUGAUUAGUUCUACAUCCAUGUCACAAACAACAUUACAGGACACAACCUCUGAGUUUGAAUCAAGCUCAGUGUUAACGACAGGUCAGGCACCAACGACAGAACCUGAGACAACUGAUGUACCUUCUACCACAUUGUCACCAACAACACUGCUUCAGACAAAAUCUGAGAGUCUAACAGCUUCUGAACCAAAUACCACUCAAGACACAUUACCUGAGAUAACUUCUGAAUUCCUGACAAGUACUGCAUCUCAGUCACAAGCAACAUUAGAGGAGACAACCUCUGAGUUUAAAUCAACUUCUGGGUUAAUGACAGGUCAGGCACCAACAACAGUACCUGAAACAACUGCUGUAACUACUUCUACACUAUCACCAGCAACAUUGCUUAAGACAACAUCUGAGAUUUUCCCGACUUCUGUACCAAGUACCACUCAAGAAGCAUUACCUGAGACAACGUCUGAAUUCCUGACAAGUACUACAUCUCAGUCACAAACAACAUUACAGGAGACAACCUCUGAGAUUGAAUCAAGCUCAGUGUUAACGACAGGUCAGGCACCAACGACAGAACCUGAGUCAACUAAUGUACCUUCUACCACACUGUCACAAACAACACUGCUUGAGACAAAAUCUGAGAGUCUAACAGCUUCUCAACCAAAUACCACUCAAGAAACAUUACCUGAGACAACUUCUGAAUUCCUGACAAGUACUGCAUCUCAUUCACAAACAACAUUACAGGAGACAACCUCUGAGUCUGAAUCAACUUCUGGGUUAACGACAGGUCAGGCACCAAUAACAGUGCCUGAAACAACUGCUGUAACUACUACCACACAAUCACCAGCAACAUUGCUUGAAAAAACAUCUGAGAUUUUCCCAACUUCUGUACCAAGUAACACUCAAGAAACAUUACCUGAGACAACGUCUGAAUUCCUGACAAGUACUACAUCUCAGUCACAAACAACAUUACAGGAGACAACGUCUGAUGUUGAUUCAACUUCUGGGUCAACAACAGGUCAGGCACCAACGACAGAACCUGAGACAACUGAUGUACCUUCUACCACACUGUCACCAAGAACACUGCUUGAGACAAAAUCUGAGACUCUCACAGCUUCUGAACCAAAUACCACUCAAGAAACAUUACCUAAGACAACUUCUGAAUUCCUGAUAAGUACUGCAUCUCAGUCACAAACAACAUCACAGGAGACAACGUCUGAGUUUGAAUCAACUUCUGGGUUAACGACAGGUCAGGCACCAACAACAGAACCUGAAACAACUGUUGUACCAACUACGAUACUGUCACCAACAACAAUGCUUGAGAAAACAUCUGAGAUUUUCCCAACUUCUGUACAAAGUACCACUCAAGAAACAUUACCUGAGACAACUUCUGAAUUCCUGACAAGCACUGCAUCUCAGUCACAAACAACAUUACAGGAGACAACGUCUGAGUUUCAGUCAACUUCUGGGUUAACGACAGGUCAGGCACCUACAACAGAACCUGAAACAAAUGCUUUAACUACUACCACACUAUCAUCAGCAACAUUACUUCAGACAACAUCUGAGAUUUUUACAACUUCUGUAUCAAGUAACACUCAAGAAACAUUACCAGAGACAACUUCAGAAUUCUUGAUUAGUUCUACAUCUCAGUCACAAACAACAUCACAGGAGACAACGUCUGAGUUUCAAUCAACUUCUGGGUUAAUGACAGGUCAGGCACCAACAACAGAACCUGAAACAAAUGCUGUAACUACUACCACACUAUCACCAGCAACAUUGCUUGAGACAACAUCUGUGAUUUUCCCAACUUCUGUACCAAGUACCACUCAAGAAACAUUACCUGAGACAACGUCUGAAUUCCUGACACAUACUACAUCUCAGUCACAAACAACAUUACAGGAGACAACGUCUGACUUUGAUUCAACUUCUGGGUUAACGACAGGUCAGGCACUAACAACAGAAAUUGAAACAACUGCUGUUUCAACUACGACAUUGCCACCAGCAACAUUACUUCAGACAUCUGAGAUUUUUACAACUUCUGUACCAAGUUACACUCAAGAAACAUUACCCGAGACAACUUCAGAAUUCUUGAUUAAUUCUACAUCCCAGUCACAAACAAAAUUACAGGAGUUGGAAUCAAGCUCAGUGUUAACGACAGGUCAGGCACCAACGACAGAACCUGAAACAACUGCUGUACCUUCUACCACACUGUCACCAACAACACUGCUUGAGACAAAAUCUGAGAUUCUCACAACUUCUGUACCAAAUAGCACUCAUGAAACAUUACCUGAGACAACUUCUGAAUUCCUGACAAGUACUGCAUCUCAGUCACAAACAACAUUACAGGAGACAACGUCUGAGUUUCAAUCAACUUCUGGGUUAACGACAGGUCAGGCAGCAACAACAGUACCUGAAACAACUGCUGUAACUACUACCACACUAUCACCAGCAACAUUGCUUGAGUCAACAUCUGAGAUUUUCCCAACUUCUGUACCAAGUAUCACUCAAGAAACAUUACCUGAGACAACUUCUGAAUUUUUGACUCGUACUACAUCCCAGUUACAAACAAUAUUACAGGAGACAACUUCUGUGUUAACAACAGAUCAGGCACCAACAACAGUACCUGAGACAACUGCUGUACCAACUACAACAAUGUAUCCAACAUCACUGCCUGAAGCAACCUCUGAGGUUUUCACAACUUUAAUAUCAACUAUCACUAAGGCACCA